AUGCCCUCACGACGCAAAGAAUUAACCUUGGCAGCGACCGAGGAAAAUGUCAGCCUUGACGAAACUACCACCACUUCAAAGUCCAAGAGACAAACCAGACGACAACGUCGAAAUUCUCCUACACCAGCAGAAUUAGAAGAUGAAUAUAUUCAGCCAUCGUCACCUCCAAUAGUCGCGCAAACCUCAAUUCCCAUCGCACUCCUUGACGUCGUGCAAAUGGCCUCACCCAUCCGAUUGCUGGUCUGCUCCAUUGGAAACACGGCUCCUUACAACAAUACCUUGCACUCCGCCGGUCACAGCGUCCUACAUGUUCUCCAACGCUCACUCAAAUACCCUCCUUUCCGAGCCACAAAAUCCUAUGGGAAAGGCAUCGUGUCUGAAGGGUGUCCCCUCACUUUCUGGCAAUCCAAAUCUGCGAUGAAUGUUUCCGGCACGGGAGUCAAAUCCGCCUGGCGGAAAUUCAAGAACGUCGCUGGGCCAGAGAACGCGCGACUGGUGAUCUUGCACGAUGAGUUGGAGUUGCAGCUGGGUGCGGUGAAGGUCCGAGAUGGAAGUAGCAGUCCAAAGGGCCACAAUGGGCUGAAGGACAUCGGGGCUAAGUUGGCGGGGCAGAAGUACACGAGGAUAGGCGUGGGUAUUGGGAGACCUGAGAGUAGAGAUCGAACGGCAGUGGCUAGCUACGUGUUAAAGAAAAUGAGUCCGAUGGAGCUGGCGAAGGUUGAGGGGGCCUGGGUAGAGGUUGCUGGGGCGUUGAAGAAGAUGCAAGAAGAGCCUUGA